AUGCCAUUUUCAGAAGGUCUCAAUUUUCACACAUCCAGUCUUGAUCACCUGUGGUAUGCUUCAUUCAGCGUGUGUCGACAAAUUCAUGAGGCGAAGGAACUGAUAUCAGCGUUGCCAAUGGAACUGGCGGGCUAUAAAUAUUCGUUUGUUUCACUGGCGCUCCAAGAAGUAGGACACUUGGGUGUAGACCCCGGGGUAUCCGGGUUGAGCACAGCCGUAUCCCCAAGAGGUCAAGCCGAGCAAUUUGGACACAGCUUCAUCGGUGUCAACACCACCGUCUUCAACGUUUCCGGCGCAGAUCAUGCUCUCAGCAACACCACCGUUCAGAUUAUCGCAGACGUUGUCAUUAACGUAGGGCACUCGGACCCACUGCAGAACUUCCGGCAAGUUGCCGCCAGAGGAAGAAGAAAAACCCUCACCUUCUUCGGGUUCUUCCCUGUCACCGGGCAGGGCAAUGGGCUGAACAGCGUCAUUGAGUUCCAAAGGCUCUGCCAGCUUCAACAAGCAAAUGUCGUUCGACAAGUCGCUGAAAUAAAGCAACAUUUUAGCAAAAUUCGCCACAUUGUGAAGGUGGCUGUUGAUAAAAAUGGCGGAAUUACCUUGGAAGACCUGGAGGCGAACCUUGGAUUUAAUGCUACGUCGAUUUCAAAAAUUCCGAGGGAAAAGCUGUGCUACAACAACAACAUCUACAGGAAAAGCGCCUCAUCUUUUGAGCGGAGAGCAAAACUCUGCCAGGACCCCUCGUAUAAAGAUGAAACAAACCCUCCCAGCAGCUCCGCCAUAUCUGCCGAUGAGGGGGUCGCUGAAGAUAUCGCAGCAGUGAGCAGCAGUGAUCACGGUGUUCUCAUCCAGAACGGAGCCGCCGCACAAGUGGCUGCCGUAGUAUUGGAAGGUGACCUGAUGGGGGAACUGACCGGGCUCGGCAUCUUCGCCACCGACCACACGUCUGUCCACCAAACGGGGGCGACGGAACACGGCUUCACGGAUUCAAGAAAACCUCUGAAAUCGAAGGUUCUUAAAACGAAGUGCAACGGAAGAAAAAUCACUACCUGCAAAGUGAUUGAAUUGGCGGCCAGGAACAUGAGAAACUUGGUUCUACCGGAUGUCGCUCGUCUCUUGCAUUUGCCGAACAGCAGAUUUGAAAAGAUUGUGCGCGAAGUAUACGCAGAAAGAUUUGGCACGCCGAGAGAACCUCUUUUCAGACACAGCCCGCCAGCGAGAAAGCAACAUGUUCCAGUGCCAGUUAAAAUUGCAGAACCCACGAACACGGACAUCAUUGAACCAAUAAUAAAUGAAACCAAAAUUCCUUCGAACGAGAAUUCAUUUAAUGGUUACUCCUCAAUGCUGAAUCAGUUUCUUCGUCGGCAUUCGCAUUGUGAAUCCGCAUCCGACCGGUUUUGCACAAAAGAUCGCUGCCGCAAGUUGGGCAGU